AUGGCAGACUUGAAGGGUAGUUCGGCCGGCUCACCAAAGAAGCAGCUCAUCAUAAAUGCAUUUGUGGAGUCUUGCAGUGGCCAUCAAUCUCCCGGGCUGUGGCAACACCCUGAUGAUGAGUCGUCCAACUUCAACAAUGUGUCCCAUUGGGUCGAGCUAGCCAAACUGCUCGAAAAGGCCAAGUUCCAUGGCAUAUUCAUAGCUGAUGUCCUAGGCUCCUACGACGUAUACAAAGGGCCGAAGAAUCCCGACCCAGCAGUGAUAUCCGGAGCACAAUGGCCUGUUAACGAGCCACUCGCGGUUGUUCCAGCAAUGGCUGCGGCAACCAAGAAUAUCGGCUUCGGGGUGACUGUAGCCACUACGUACGAGCAACCAUAUCACCUCGCCAGGCGUCUGAGCACAGUUGACCACCUCUCUGGCGGGCGACUGGGAUGGAACAUUGUCACCGGCUACCUCGAUUCUGCGGCUCGUAAUCUGGGAUUCACGGAACAGCCACCACACGACGAGCGAUACGCCAUAGCCGAGGAAUACGUCGACGUAACCUAUAAACUCUGGCAAGCAUCGUGGCGGGACGAUGCAGUCAAGCUCGAUCCCAAGACGCGGGUAUACACCGAUCCAUCUCUUGUCCGAACAAUCAACCACGCCGGCAGAUACUUCACGGUGCCGGGACCGCAUAUCUGCCAACCUUCGCCCCAGCGCACGCCCCUUAUUCUACAGGCUGGAACGUCAAGCGCUGGCAAGGCCUUUGCCGCCAAAAACGCCGAAGCAAUAUUCGUUGCUGGUCACAGCCCCUCGACGAUUGCCAAGAACAUUGCAGAUAUUCGACAGCAGGCCAAGACACAGUUUGGCCGCGACCCCAGUUCCAUCAAGUUCCUGACGCUUUUCUGUCCAGUCCUGGGGAGAACGCAACAGGAAGCUGAAGCCAAGUAUCGUGAGUAUCUAAGCUACGGCUCCGAGGAUGGCGCUUUGGCACUCUUCGGUGGCUGGACGGGGAUUGACCUCGCCAAAUACGGAGACGACGAGGAGCUGCGACACGUUGAGUCGAAUGCCAUUCGCUCGGCGGUCGACGCAUGGUCCAAAGCUACGCCCGAGGUCCCCAAGUGGACCAAGCACACCGUCGCAAACCACAUCAAGAUAGGCGGCCUGGGUGCUACAGUAGUCGGCACAGCCGACCGAGUUGCCGACGAGAUGGAGAGGUGGGUUGCUGAGGCUGACGUAGAUGGAUUCAACUUGGCCUACGCUCUUCUCCCGCGGUCCUUUGAAGACGUGAUUGAGCUUCUCCUUCCAGUUCUGCGUCAACGGGGCUUGUUCUGGGAUGACUAUGCGGUCGAAGGCGGCACAUACCGAGAGAACAUAUAUGGCAAAGCUGGGCAAAAGCUUCCCAGGGACGAUCACCCGGCUAGCAAAUACCACUGGGGAUCCGGUGAGCAACCAAUUCUCACAGCAGACAAGUAG